CGGAGCCCUUGUCCCAAGCCGAAGAGCUGAGGAAAUCAGAGAAGUUACCGGGCUCCGUGGUCUUAUCAGCGCCCCAUAGGUCAUCCAUACCUCCACUUCCGCCUCCCUCUGGCUUAUUAUUGGAAGCAUUAUUGUCGAGCAAUGCAUUGGACGUUCCCCCGUCCUUGUUUUGAUGAUCGACAUUAACCCAAUCUUCAAGUUCACCUCCGCUCUUGUUCACAAGGUCGGACGCAGGUACGACAGGCGCAGUGGGUGGUUCCGCCGGUCUGCUCUCAGCCGCUGCAGGAGCAUGUGUAGAUUCAGCCGCGGAUGGUUGAGGAGCAGGAGCAGCCGACUGUUCAGGUGGAAGAUCGAACUCAACCUUGGGCGUCGGUGGCUUAACUUCUGGCCAAGGCUCAGCACGUUCAACGGUUUAUUUUCCGUGGAUGGGGCGGCACUGACGGUCGUGACCUCCACCAAAGGAGAUGCAGAAGGCGUAGGUUGCUUUGAUGGUACAGCGGAUCCAGCGGGACCCCAGACAGAGUUAAGUUGUUCGCUCAAACGAGCAGUAGCAUUACUCUUUGUCGACGCCUUGCUAUCAGUUGACUUCGCAGAAAGAUUUGCCAACCGAUCUCGCUCGCCGAUCCUGCUCAGUGACUCAGGUAUAAUCUCUCUCGAUUUUCCUUUAUCCACUGCACUCGGAGUCCUCUCCCGUUCACGCCAAUUGUCCGAAGACGUCUGCGAGAUCUUGCGAUCGCGCAUGUCGUAGAUACGACUUGGGUCACGGUCAUAAGUACGACCAGAGUCGAUGCUCUGCCUUCGUGACGAUGAAGACUUGGUAGGGAACUCGACGUGCGGAGGCGCGUACGUCGUCGGUGUGGAGGGUUUAGAGGAAGAUACCAUGGGAUCGCGAGACGGAGCACGGGAGGAAGUGUAUGAACGAUGUCUGUCGGAGCGAUGAUUUGUGUACGUUGAUGGAUCGUCGUCGGGAAGACUGUCGGCUUCAUCCUCAUCUGCUCGGUGUCCACCCUCAUUGUAGACGAUAGAAGCGGGGCCGCUGUAACAAAUGUCAGUAAAUCGUAACAAGGUUGAACAGGAAGGCGACCCACUAUCGUGUUUUACCAUUGUCUUGCCACUUGAUCCUUGCCUUGAACUCAGUCAAACCGAAGUGAAUCUCGAUACUGAACACGAUCGUCCAGUAUUUCUUGCCAUUCCUGCCAUCUUUCGGUUGGGCACUACCGGCCAGUGGGGACAAAUCCGCGCGGACGUAACACAACGUGGAGAAGUUUUCUAGGUCACUGAAGUCAAUGGGCUGUUUCAUACACCGCACACAAUGAUUUACUCACCCGCAUUGCGCAGAAUCCACUUCGGAAUAGUGUCUCCACCGCGGUAACACCAAAUCUCGACUUCAAACACGGACAAAGUACUGAGAUUGGUCACUUCAGUGCAGUACUUCCGGCUGAAUACCGUAGACUCCUUGACUUUCACACCCUGCCAACGUGUCCACCGUCAGUGGUUAGGGCAAUAUCAUGGGGCAUAGAAUGCUACUCACCCUUGAAAGAAUGCAAUCGAAUGCAUCCGGUAACAACUUCGGACCAGACGGCAGCUCGAAAAGCCGACUUUUCCUCGCCAGGUGCUCUUCAUCGUUGGCAUCGAAUUCACGCAGGUAUUCAACACCGUACAUAAACUUGGAUACUCGGGCGGAGACGUGGUGAUCGCAGUAGAAACCGAUAGCCCCAUCUGCUACUGCUUUUGACCUAAGAAAUCCAGCUCAUAUCAGGCCUGAACAUAGUUGUAGAAUUAACAACACAAACGUUUGAGUAUCCG